CAGGAGCACUUCGGACUUUUUCACAGCCAAAAAUGCCAAAACGAGCUUGUCCUUUUUCGGAAACCUUCUCUUCACAAUACAAAGUACAUGUGGGGCAGCAGGAGUUGAAUCACUCAAGCGUGUUUGGGCACAAAUAUAAGCAAGAAAUCUACGAGAAGACUAACAGCAUGCUGUUCAACGGUGCCAAGGCAGUGGUGGGCACAACAUGGAGUGGAGAGGAGAAGCGCGCUGAGACACUUGUGAGCAGCCAAACACUGCUGAGAGGACAGACACUGAUUGGGCAUGAUGGCAGGCUGACAAAAUCAACCAGAGCACAAGGUGCACCAACGGCUCCUACAGGCUGCUGCGUGUGUCAGAAGAGCCUUGUGUCCCGGACACCAUGCUUCCAGUGUGACCGUCUAGCCUGUUCCUCCUGCACCCGACAGUGCUCCAGCUGCUCUAGCCUCUGCUGCUCUGUCUGCACCAUUAUAGAUUACAGUGGACAAUACGAUGAAGUACUAUGCUGCAGUUGUUCGACGUAAAGAGAACGUUAAAGGGAGGGAUCAGAAGUUUACCCUUUGAACAUUAUAUAAAUUGCCUCACAUGAGAUAUUACUAAGACUAUGUUUUAUACCUGUUUUUUCUUUAUUUUUUUUUAUUUUUUUAAUGGGAUCUAAAUGGGUUUUUUGUGUGUAUAUAUGUAAUUCAUUCCAACAUUAACUGAA